CUGGAGAUGGCCUUGAACAGGCGACUCGAAGCUCGCGGAUAUGUCAUCAAGACCUGGGGUCGCAAAUUAAUUACCUUGAUCUGCAUUGGCGAACUCCACGACAAAUCCUCUUCGUCAGACGAACCGACACGGAUCCUCGCUCCUGGCUGCAACAAGAACUAAAAAGGGCCGUCUGCUUUUGACUUACUGCGUGACACGGGUGGUCUCCACUUAGACUGCUGCGGCACGAUGAAGCUAUUCCCACUCUUCCUCCUCACCACCGCAUCCCUCUUUACCACCGCCCUCGGUGGUGGCCUCAUCGGCUACGGCCAAUGGUGGUAUGACCCAAAAUGUUGCUACGCGUGCCGUGGCAUCAUUGGCGGCGCUUCGCUCGAGUGUCCCGAUGACAGCAUGGACGGCAUGGACAUGGGCGGCAUGGACAUGAUGGCCACAGCAUCACCAAUGGCCCCCUGCAUUUCUGAGAACGAUGCGUUUCUGACCACUCUCGCCUACUGCAUCAACUCGACAUGCGCCGCCGACGAUGUGCCAACCUGGAAGAUUGAGAAAUACUGGGCUGACCAGGCAACCGGUGACCCAACUCUUCCAGCCAAGUGGACUUAUGGCGCGGCUCUCGCAAACAUCACCAAGGCCCCGGCCAAAGUUUGGAAGACUGGCGACGUGCUCAAUUUCACGGCUCUGCUAUCCUCCAGCGACUAUGACUACCAAAGAUCUUUCGAUGAUCUCUUUGAUUGGGAGGAAGCUACACAGUCAACAUACGUGAUUAUCAUCAUCACUGUCGGCGUCGGGACUCCACUGUUGAUAUCUUUACUCGGCCAUCUUCCAUACAUGACCGGCGUCUUCGACAAGCUCAAACCAUUCCUCGUGUACCCCUCGAUCAUCGGCACAUACAAUGUCCGACCUCUUCCGUGGGGGCUGGGAAACGCACCGACGGUCGGCCAGAGUCUCUACAUCGCCAUGUUCGUCAUUCUCAACAUCAUUCUCGGCUCCGUCUCGUAUCGAGGAUUUGAUCAACCACACCCAUGGGGGUUCUCCCGAACCGGCGAGAUCUUGGCAUAUGUCGGAUACAGGACGGGCCAUAUCUCUUUUGCGCUCCUCCCCUUGACCGUCCUUUUCUCUUCGAGGAAUAACUUCCUCCUCUGGCUGACGAACUGGCCGUUCUCCACCUUCCUGGUUCUCCAUCGCUGGGUCGCACGUGUCUGUGUUAUCCAUGCCGUCGUCCACUCCAUCACUCUCCUUGGCGCGUACGUCGGAACCGGAACCUAUUACACGGACGUGCACAAGCCGUACUGGAUCUGGGGCAUAGUGGGCACUCUCUGCCUCGUCAUCCUGCUCUUCCAGAGCAUGGUCUGGCUCCGCCGUGCAUCUUACGAGAUCUUCCUCAUCCUGCACAUCCUCCUCACCGUCUUUGUCAUUGCCGCGUGCUGGUACCACGUCAUGUACUGGAAAGGCUUCACGGGAAUCUACGAGUACUGGCUCUACGCCGUCAGCGCCGUCUGGUUCUUCGACCGUCUCAUUCGCGUUCUUCGCAUCUGCAAGAACGGAAUCCGCCGAGCGACUGUGACAGAGAUUACCCCGGACACCGUCGCCGUCCAAGUCGAGGGGCUGCGAUGGAGCCCCGAACCAGGAUACCACGCCUACGUCUACUUCCCCACCCUCAACCCCCUCCACCCCUGGGAGAACCACCCCUUCUCCAUCACCCACACGUCCAUGCUCCACCCCCAGCGACACACCCCCACCAGCCCAGCCGGCUCCUCCCUCCCCCGCCACUCCUCCUCCGACAACGACAUCGAAAAAGCCACCGGCAAAGCCACCCCUCUCGAAACAACCGUCCUCCCCCACCCCCCCGCCACCACCACCUCAAAUAGCAUCACCCUCUACAUCAAGAAACACACCGGCAUCACCCGCUACCUCGGCACGCACACCAACCUCCCCGUCCUCUUCGACGGGCCCUACCGCGGCAACGCGCGCGACGGCAUCCUCGCGUGCGACCGCGUCCUGCUCAUCGGCGGCGGCAUCGGCAUCACGGGCCUGCUGACGUGGGCGCGAGGCGCGCACGCCAACGUCAAGCUCGCGUGGGGCGUCCGCCAGGCCGCCGAGCCGCUCGUGCGCCACCUGGCCGCGGCCCUGGACGCCGUCGCCGACAAGGAGGUCGUCGUGGGCAGGAGGCUGGACGUGGAUGCUCUGUUGGCGCACGAGGUGCGCGCCGGGUGGAAGAGGGUUGGCGUCGUGGUCUGUGGGCCGGCGGAGCUGUGCGAUGCUGUGAGGGCGGCGGUUGCGGGUUUCGGGAGGCAGGAGAAGACGAUCUUUGAGCUGGAGGUUGAUGCUUUCUCGUGGUGAGUUUUGUUUGCUGUCGACGUCGUGCGAGGUUUGGGAUUGAAGGCUGAGGAUGGACGGGGUGUGGUAAAACAAUAAAAAUGAUAAUACUUAGUUUGUGGGUAG